AUGGAGCGGAAGACGUUAUGCGCGGUUAAUAGACAUGGUCUUUUGUUUCAUGACAGUUAUUUUGAACCUGCACCUGAGGUAACUGAAGCUUUGCGUCGUUUGAACUUAAAAGAACCAUGGGUAUUUGAUGAACGAAAGAAAAGACUUUCAAUUGCCCAUACCAUGAAGAUGCAUGGUGAACGCCUUUCAAAAGAUAAGUGGACUAAAUGGGAAGAUGAAACUUGGUAUCUCAAACCUUAUCUUGAUGAAAUCGAAGCGGAAAAGAAAGCUAGAGAAGAUUCUUCAGGCAUCAUUCCAGGCUUUUCCCUGCGGAAAAAGUUUUCUUCGCAUUAA